GUGGUGGAGAGGAAAAGGGGGGGGGGGGGUUGUAAUGGAGCGCUGAGACGGAAUGAUUUGUCCAUUAAAAAGUCCUGCAAACAACUUCGGGCGUCUCGUGUUUGGGCUAAAUGGGCACGCGGAGUGUCGACGGAGCCGGGAUUCCACGGCGGCCUGUUGAACGGGCUGAGAUUUUCGGAUUCUCCUUCUUGGAAGUUGGCGUUCGAGUUUGCCUCAUGACUCCGCUGUGAGUUUCAGCGUCCACCGCCGCCGCCACCACCGCCGCCACCGCCACCACCGCCAUCACCAUGGCAAGCUUAGGCGCGCUGGCACGGACCCUCUGCGGCUCCCUCGGCCCACUAACGUGCGUGCUUUUGCUCGUAGCGUGCUUGUCCGCCGCCUCGCCGCCCCACGGCCGCAGACUCAUCUGCUGGCAGGCCAUCUUCAACUGCCAAACGGAGCCCGAGUGCAAUUACGCGUACGAUCACUACAUGCGCGCUUGCGGGCCGGUGCUGAACGGGGACAGGAAGAAGUGCCCCAGUCAUUGCAUCUCAUCCCUUGUGCAGCUCAACUUGACCCGGAACGGACCCGCGCUGGAGGACUGCAGCUGCGGCCACGACCCGGUGUGCACGCGCACCAAGCGGGCCAUCGAGCCCUGCUUGCCACGGACUACCAGCACGGGUUGCACGGAGGCCCGGCGCCAGUGCGAGCGCGACCAGCAGUGCAGCUCCACCAUGCGCGACUAUUUGCACCACUGCGGCAAACUUUUCAGCGGCGCCGUGUGCACCAACGCGUGCCGCAACGUGAUCGCCAACAUGCGCAAAAUCCCCAAGGGCCAGCAGCUGGACACUUGCAUGUGCGACGGGACCGAGAGGGCCAUCUGCGAGUUUGUCAAGAGCAGCAUGAAGGGCCUGUGCUUCGACGUACCGGAGAGGGAGGAGAGCAGCGGCUCGCACGACGGCUACGACCCGGAGGACGACGAGGACUACACGGACUCGGACUACAGGGAAGAGCCGGAGAGUGGAGCCUCUCUUCCUGAGGGCCACCGGGGUUUGACCCUGCUGCUGGCCUCCAUUUUGGCUCUGAUGCCCCUCUAUUGAGCAUCAGCCUCCUGUCAAAAGUUGGACGACUGCAUGCACAUUUGAAUAAGGACUUUAGCGGAUUAUAUUUUCUAUGCAAAUGGCAACAGAGGGAUACUUUUUUUGUAGCUCGCACUCACCAGAUGCUCGGCUCAUACAUGAUAAAAACGAAAUGAGAUUGUUCUACUUUUCACACAACAAAGCCCGCGGCAGUAUUUAAAUCGACAUCAUGCUGUGCACUGCCAAUCUUUUUUUUUUUAAUUGUUUUUAAAAGAUAUGAGUUAUUUUUAUAUGACUGACUGUUGCCUUUAUGGGGCAUAUGAUUUACAAGUAUUUAAUGCUGGAAUCUAAAAAAAUUAAUUAAAAAAAACAACUUGUAAAUAGCAGAAGGGUUAAAGAGGAUAUAAUUUAUUACAUGCCAACUAGUCACAUCCAAAUGUUCUUCUUGUGAAUACAAGACUGAGAAUUCCAGCUUUAAAGGGAAGUUAUUAUCACCUGUAUUCUCUUGUACAUUGUAUAUAUGUGUAUAGCCAAUAUAGUUUUUUUUUUUUUUCCUUCAUCCCCAGAGAAUCGUCUAUGGUGCAGGCUAUGUGCUGAUUUAUUGACUGUGCGUAGCCUAUAGAAAGAAAUGUCUAAAUCCACUGUAUGGUUGCCUUAAUGAUACACUUUUAUAGAAGGCAUAAAGGAAAACUUGAAUACAUCA